AUGAUACUACCAAAGGCAGCUCAAGUAGUGAAUGUGCAUGAAGGAUUCUCUUCCGUUCUCGUUAUCCUAUUUUCACAAAUCUCUGAAUCCUUCUGUGGUUGCUUUAAAGUGAUUCUCUUCUGCGAGGCAGCUUUUGUUUCGGGACUGGGGAUGCUAUGGUAUGAGGCCAGCCACCCAAGUGUUGGCAUGUUGAUUGGGGCAGUGGUGCUGUUAACUGUAGGUAAAGCUGCGCGAGAUGUUCCUUUGAAAGCAUUUCUUGCUGAUCAACUAAGGAGACUAAACCUCGAACAGGAUCAAGAACUUGUAAAAGACCGUGCAAGAUACUGGUGGGGAUUUUGCUGGAUUUUAGGUAUAAUUAUGGGCACCAUGUCAACUGGUGAGUGGGAAGUGCUCUCAAUGAUAUCUUGCAUUGCAAUGGUGGUGGGGUCAUUUUGGUUCUUGUUAGGCAUGCCAUAUUAUGUGUACGAGGAGCCAUCUCCUAAUAGCCCCCUUCGUUGCGUUAUAAUGGUUGUUAAAGCGGCAUUAUUGAAGAGACAUCUCAAUUACCCAGUUUCUCCUAAUGAGUUGUUUAAGAAUGACACUAAAGACGCAGAGCUUUUUCCUCACGUUGCAGUCCUCAGAUGGUUAGACAAGGCCGCCACUUUGGAGUCGUCGCCGCCUUGUCCAGGAUUGAUGGAGCAACAAAUUGCUGGCAGGCUUUUCGAGGUCGCAAAGGUGAGGAAUGUGAAAAACUUGCUAAAAAUGCUCCCGAUGUGGCUAACCUUUAUCGUGUACAGUCUUGUUGAAGCAACAGGGAGCACCUUCUUUAUUGAACAAGCUGAACAAAUGGAUGGCGAAAUUGGAAAGAGAUCCCAUUUCCCAAUAGUAAUUUUUGUUAUCCUCAAGGGCUUCACAAGUUUCAGUAUAUCCAUGAUAUAUCAAUAUCUCUACAAAAAUGCAAACCAACGACGUCGUCCUUUGCUGAACAGAAUAUGCUUUGGAAUGUUAUGUUCUGUAUUAUGUUGUCUUACUGCUUGGAGGAUCGAAGUUUACAGGCUUUCUAAUCUUGAGUUACGAAGGAUUGAUAACAGGGUAGAUACUUACGUUGACCACAUUAGUGUUGCUUGGCUAACUCCUCAGUUCUUCUUUCUUGGCCUUAUGGAUGGAUUUGCUACCAGUGGACUUCAACAUUUCUUUGAAUCUCAAGUUUGUGAGUCAAUGAAGGAUUAUGGCCCAGAACUCAACGAACUACCCCUUGGUAUUGGCAAAUUCGUUAGUGCAAUCUGCAUCCUCAUUUUCAGGUCCUGGUUUAGCGACAACUUAAACACAAGUCGUCUAGACAACUAUUAUGAAAUGUUAUUAUUUCCUGCCUCCCUUAAUUUUGUCAUCUGCUGUUUGGUCAGUUAUUGGUACUGGAAUCAGCCCAAUGAUAACAAAAUAUUGGACGAUGCUCAAGAACUUGAAAUUUGUAUCGAAUUCUAG